UGUAGUACACCGCCACGGCCGCCUCCGACGUCCCCCACCCGCCCAAUCAAUAGCAGUAAGACCCGCAAAACAAACAUGGCGGACACGGAGUUCGAGGAGUUCAGAACCAGCUUCGAAAAACUACCAUCGCACACCACCAAUUCAGCACCAUUCUACUCAUUGGUGCACGAUGUUCUGGUGGACGAGGAGUCGCCCACAUCCUCAAAAAGCGACGACAACACGGACUGUGAUAUUCCGGGGAACGUUCCGGAUCCUCCGGAGGUGCCGGAGUCGUCGAGAUUCCCGCCUUACUCCGGGGGCGAGAGACGGAGGAGGAGGCUGCCGGAGAUACCGAAGAAUAAAAAAUCUGCAGUAGCUACAAUGUAUAGUGCACAACAGCAAUUAUCAAGGGAAAUGUCAUUGGCUGAUGAAUUGGGUACAUUUUCUUCGACUGGUUCAGGACCAAGCUCAAUUUUAGUAUUAAAGUGCGGGUAUUUGUGGGACACCGAUUCUCCGGAAUCCGACAGACUUCUUACGGACGCUGACAGUGGACACAGCACAGCUCAUUCUCCAACAGGUACUGAUGGGCCAAAAUCAAUGUCACCCCUUAUGGGGAUGUCCCCCUCGAUGAUAGGAGGGGGGAUGGUGUAUAAUGACGUCGAUAUGCUUGAAGCUUCCCAUAGAGGUUUACACAAAUUUAUUCCAAGGCAUGAUGACGAAAUAGAGCUUGAAAUAGGAGAUCCUAUUUACGUACAGAAGGAAGCAGAUGACCUCUGGUGCGAAGGCGUGAACUUGCGCACAGGGCGCAUGGGCAUCUUCCCCUCGGCCUACGCGGUGGACUGCGACUACAGCGACUGGGAUUCCAGCACGGAGCACGGCCGCAGGGAGCGCUACCUGCUGGGCUACAUGGGCUCGGUGGAGACCACGGCCCACAAGGGCACCUCGGUGGUCUGUCAGGCUGUGAGGAGGGUGAUUGGAAGUUCGGGGGGCGAGCCCGAGCAGCAGCCGUGCACCUUGGAGGUGUCCGAUCAGGGUUUGCGGAUGGUGGACAGGAGGAAAAGGAACCAAAAUGACCCAUGCAUAGACUACUUCUACUCUUUGAAAAACGUUUCGUUUUGCGCGUUUCAUCCUCGAGAUCACCGCUACUUGGGCUUCAUCACAAAACAUCCUACAUUGCAAAGAUUUGCUUGUCACGUGUUCAGAGGAACCGACUCUACCAGACCCGUUGCUGAAGCCGUAGGACGUGCCUUCCAAAGGUUCUAUCAAAAGUUUAUUGAGACUGCUUAUCCUGUUGAAGACAUAUACAUUGAAUAAAAAACCGUGUAGUGCAAUAAUGUAUAUAAUAAUUACUAUAUACGCUGUCUCAUCAAUAAUGAUAAAUAAUUUUGUUUGUAUUUUUUGUAUUUAACAACAUCCCAUUACGUUUUUGUUAUUAUUAACUUAUUAAGACAUUAUUUUCUUCCAUAUCGUAUUUUUCGACUGUAC